AUGACAAAUAACAAGGGAGUUAGCAGAGAAGCUGCACAUAUUCCAGUCAACCAUAAAUUGCCACCUCCAAAAACUAGGGAAAUUGGUGUACCAAUCAUAAUAUUUUUUGCUAUUGGAAAACCAUUUCAGCGAGGAUUCUAUUGUGAUGAUGAAUCCAUACGUUAUCCAUACAAAGAAUCAACCAUCAAUAAUAAAGUAUUAUAUUGCGUAGGGACAUUAUUUCCAGCAGCUGUGAUAAUUAUCAUUGAAACUUUAAGAUUUUAUACAAAUAAAACCAAUGUUGAAACACCAACAGUAAAUGGAAUUAGACUUCAUCCAAUAUUUUGGGAAGUUUAUCAACUGAUAUGGGUUUUUGCCUUUGGAGCAUGUAUCUCGCAAUUAAUAACUGAUAUUGCAAAAUACAGUAUUGGCCGUCUCAGACCACAUUUUAUUGAUAUUUGUCAGCCUAGUAUAGAUGUUAGUAAAUGCAAUGAUUCUCAUAGGUACAUUUUACCUUCUGAUUUUAAUUGCCUUAAUUCUGAUUCAUUCAGAGUUAGAGAAUCAAGAUUAUCAUUUAUGUCAGGACAUGCAUCAUUUUCUGCAUACUGUAUGGUGUUUGUUGCUAUGUACUUACAAGCCCGAUUUGUUUGGAAAUGCAAUAAGUUGCUGAGACCAUUUUUGCAGGCUGUUGUGUUGUUUUCAGCCUAUUAUACUGCCUUAUCCAGAGUAUCUGACUAUAAACAUCAUUGGAGUGAUGUUUUAACUGGUUCAAUUCAAGGAAUCAUUGUUGCAAUCAUAGUGGUGCUAUUUGUUUCUGAUCUGUUUCCUAAUUGCAAGAAUAAUUACUAUAUUAGCAAUGCUUCUUCAGACAGUUCAAAUCUUAACAGAAGCAAUAAGAAAAAUACAGAAUUUAUUGAAAAUGAAAGAAGUUCAGUGUAAAAAUAAUGUUUUCAAGUGAUUUAUUUUAAUCAUGCAUUCCGUGAAAUGUUUUUGUAAAUGCCUAA